AUGAGUAUGAAAGAACUGAAAACAGUCAAGAAAUACUUGGUGGCAAAUCUGAAAAAGAGAUUCAUUGUACCAACAACUGCACUCUUCACAUCACCAAUUCUCAUUGCACACAAUGGAGCAAAACUGUGCUUCUGUGUCAAUUUCCACAAGUUGAAUGCAAUCUCAAAAUAUGAUCAAUAUCUUUUCCUCUUGAUUGAUGAGCUGAUGGAUCAGCUGAAUGAAGCAAAGUAUUUCACCAAGCUCAACAUCUGUCAAGAAUUCCACAGAAUCCAUAUGAGUGAGGAAUCAGAGGACUUGACCAGUUUGUGA